AUGGAAAGUUCAGCUCCAGUACCAUCUUCGUCGUCAACAGUUUCAAGAACUUCUCUUCUGGUUUUGAGGGGUCAGGCCUUGGUGUUUCUGGUGAUUUCUCUCAUUCUCAUUUCAGUUGAUAAGGCAACUGAAGUGUUUGCAAAUGAUGGUGUCAAAAUCAAGUUCAAUGAUCUUCAGUCCUAUAGAUACAUGUUGGCUGCAAUAAUCAUUGGGUUUGCUUAUAACCUCUUUCAAAUGGCUCUCUUAAUCUCCAAUGUGGUCUCAGGCAAGCGCCUUAUAAGUGGCGAUUUUGGCUAUCAUCUUGAUUUUUUUGGUGACAAGAUCACAGCAUACCUAUUAGCAACCGGUGCUGCGGCGGGAUUUGGUGCAAGCGAAGAUGUGCAAAGGGCCUUCACGGAGUUGCUAUUGGUUCCUAUCGACGCCUUCUUCAAUAUGGCCAAUGCUUCAGCUGCUCUUCUCUUUGUUGCAUUUCUAUUUACAGCCACAGCUUCUGUUUUUGCUUCCUUUGCUUUGCCUACCAAAAAAGCUGAUCAGCGUCUUGUGGAAGAUAAUGCUUGA